CCCAGCAGCACUGUUUCACUCACUGUGGGGAAAUUCUGAAAUGGCCGCUUCUCAUCUCCUUCCCGCCUAAAUUUCCCUCUAUUUUCUAGAAAGAAACCCUUUACGCUUGUGGUUCGGAUUCUCUCCACAAAACGACGUCGUUCGCGCACUGUACAUCACACUCCGCGUUUCGUUCCUGACCUCGAUCGUCGCGCCACCCUCACCGCGCCGCGCUCGAAGUCCGGCCACUGUCGCAAGGCCUCCGUUGCUAGCUACUACUCAUCGUUCUGUAUCUCUGCCGGAUCCCGCCGCCGCCGCCAAUUUUCCGGGCAUUGUCUUUGAUUUCUCAAAAGUUGGAAGAGAAGGUAUGGCUGGGCAAUCGGACAAUGAGCUCUCAUUGUUUUCAGCAGAGGAGCUUGAGUUCAUUGCUGAGGACGAGACGGUCGAAAUCGUACCCAAAUUCAAAAUGGACCCUCUUUGUUUCAUCUCGGGAGAUUUUGGCCCAUUUUCGCCAAAUGUUCCUACUCAAGUACCAAUUUGGCUUGCCAUUGCUCUCAAGAAGAGAAGCAAGUGUGUUAUUCGCCCUCCCCAAUGGAUGACUGUAGAGAAGUUGACUCAAAUUUUGGAGGCAGAGCGAGACUCUCAAGAGAUGUCAGAACAAUUGCCAUUUCAUUAUAUAGAAAUCUCAAGACUUCUUUUUAACCACGCACGUGACAACAUUGCUGAUGAUUAUAUGGUGAGGUCUCUCAUUGAGGACAUCAGAAAUGUUAGGUUUCAUAAAAUUGAAACUGACUUGGAGGCAUUUAAUGGUCGUACAAUUGCUGUUAAGAUAAAAAAUUUAUCUGCCAUGGAAGUAAAUAUCGUUCGGCCAUUUAUUGGAAGAGCUUUACAGGCAUUUUAUAAGCAUGAUAGCCCAGAUUUGAUCCCAGACCCAGAGAGAGUUUCUGACAGACGGCCACAAGCUGCCAACAACAAUGCCCCAAGAAGGCAACUAAGGAGAUAAUCAUAUGCAACAUUUCUUGUUACAUCUCUUCUAGAAUCGUAAUAUCUGCCUGGCUUCAGUGAUACAUCGUUUCUGAGAAGUACUUCAUAGUUAUAUUUGCUACUGAUUUAUUGUAAAAAAGGAAGCUCAAGACUUUAGUUGAAUAUUCAGAAAGCAAUGUUUCCUGAUAAUUUUGUAAGAUUUUUGCAUUUUCAUUUUUAAAUAACGCACUUACUAGGGAUUUACAUAGUUAUGCCCUUUUAA